AUGUGGAUGUUGGCAGCGUUUAUUGUAUUUACAGCUUCUGUAUUAUUUGGAAGUUCACAACCGGAUUCUACUUCAAUUGAUACUGAUGAAGCUAAGUUAAACCAAGAAACUAAUAACACUCCAGUCACUAUCCCAUCUAAAGAAAGUUUUACUUCCAAGUUAUACCAAAACCCAACCACUGAAGCCGCCAAUGACACAUCUAAAAACAAACACAAACUGAUCCACAAACACUCAAUUAGAAAAUUAAAACAAUUCUUCAAGAGUAGAUUUCACAAGAAGAACAAAUCUAAGAAACAACAAGUCAAUCAACCUUUAAAUAACUUCAGCGGCUCCUUGGUUCAACACAAACAAGAAUCUUGUUCACCCAGUAAUUCACUUGAAGUGUUUUCCAGUAAUUCAGAAAAAGAAUAUAAUACACCUGAUUCAACCCUAGCAAGUAAAUCACUGAGAACAUCUUCCAAGCGGGAGAGGUUGAAAGAGUGGUUUGCAAAGAAAUCAGAACCUGAGUGCUACCAAACGGAAUUUAAAGUUAAACUCAAACCGUUAAACCCUGCUAGUAAAUCUGGUCCAACAAUUCAUAAUUUGUCUAUUUCAGGGAAUCAUAAUAAACGUUCUGCUGAUUGUGGUAAAAAAGUUACAUUUAGUUCGCUUGUCCAAGAUGUUAAAUCAAAAUUAGUUCCAUUAUCUGAAAAUAUUCCUAGAGUGGAACCUGUUAUCAAAUCUCCUGUUAAAAGCAACUACAAAUCUAUUCUUAAGGUCAAAACAAAUCCAAACUAUGAUAAAGAGUAUUUUGAAGAUUAUGAUUUUCUCUUUAGAGCUUGGUGUGAGCUUGAAGAUAUGAAAGCCAGCUUAUCUCCUGAAGCUCGUCAAACUAAACGUGAAACUACUACAUUACUAAGAAAAAAACAACUUCAAAGAUUCUAUAAACAAGAAGGCCGAUAA